UCUUAACCUGCUACGCAACUGCAAAUGAGCGAAUUAAACUUAACAAUUGUACGACUUUUGGCAUGCGGAGGGAACGGAGUGGGCGGCGUUUAAGUGCAGCGGAUAGUUUACAAGUGUGUUCGAUAGCCAUCUGCAGUAUCCGGGCUGGCCUGGGAGGCGUAACGUACGAAUUCUGAACGGAUGAGUUAGGAUGGGAUUCGGGACUCGCGGAUGACAGGUUUCGAUGAUCGUUUCGGGCUAAAACUCGAAUAUUGGCAGGCGCCUCUUAACUCGCACCUCGGCAAGGUGUCCAUUUUGCACGAGUCCGGGAAAGUGCCCGCGUCCGUGACCAUGUGGAAAAUAUGUAAAGUUACACUUUGCCUUUGUUUCUUGGCUGCGUGGGAGACAGCGGUGCUCAAAGGGAGUUGCUCAGUGGCCACAAGUUCUGAUCGUGAUGCCUUCACCAUCCAGCAUUCGGGUACCCAGAUGUGCUUGGUGGCAGAGGGCUCAGCCGGCAUGGGCCUUGCGCCCUGUAACACGAGCAGUGGAUCCCAGUGGUGGAAGUGGGGGUCCGGUCAUCGGCUCUUCCACGUCAACACAUUGCUCUGCCUGGGGUUUGAGUUACCGUCCAAGACCCUGUCGCUGGUUGACUGUGGCACCACAGGGCCUGACAUCAUGUUGAUGUGGCAAUGCCGGGAAGGGACUGUUUACACUGUCCACCAGAUGGAUCUGGCCGUCAGAAACGGCAAAGUCACUGCCAAGCGAGACUCUGGCAACACCUGGACAAGAGGUGGAUCCCAGGAUAGCAUCUGCCACCAACCAUAUCGUGUUGUCCACACCACCAAUGGAAACUCUUUCGGCGCUCCCUGUGAAUUCCCCUUUCAUUAUAAUGGGACCUGGCAUCACCGCUGCCUGGCAGAUGAAGAGUCCCCUGGGUUCUCGUGGUGUGCCACCACCUCCGACUAUGACACAGACAAGAAGAUGGGACACUGUCUGCAACCUGAGGAAGGUUGCCAGACUCUGUUUGUUGGGGCAGAAGGGGAGUCCUGCUAUGAAUUUGUUCCCAGAGCCGCGGUGACCUGGCAGGAAGCUUUGGAUUCGUGUCGCAGCCAGGGAGCUGAUCUGCUCAGCCUCUCCGGCCCGGAGGACCUCUCCACCACGGUGAUGGCCGGCCUCGGCAGAAUGUCAGAGAAGAUGUGGAUCGGCCUCCACCAGUUGGACUCGUCUCAGGGGUGGCAGUGGUCGGACGGCUCCCCCUUUGCCUACGUGCGCUGGGAACAAGGAAUGCCACCCGCCUCCGCAAUUGUUGAGUCAGACUGCGGUGUUUUGAACUCAAGACAAAACUAUGAGUCCAAGUCAUGCAACAAACGGCUGCCAUAUGUCUGUAAGAAGAAGGUCAAUGCCACUCAUGCAACAACCACAGAGUCCUCCGUAUAUAAGGAUACAGUUUGUGCGGAGGGUUGGAUCCCGUGGAAUGGUUGGUGUUACAGGCUGAUGAAGGAUGAGCCGCUGGGGUUUCUGGAGGCCCAGUUGUAUUGUCAUAAAACAGAUGGAGGUGUGGAAGGCUCUCUUGCCAGCCUACACUCCCUGGAUGGCAAGGAGAUGAUCAGUUCUAGUUUCCAUUCAGAUGUCCCACUGGAUAUAUGGAUCGGUCUGAUAGCCACAGAGGUGAACGCCACUGUCCUCAAGUGGGUUGACCAGACACCAGUUACCUUCACGUACUGGGGCCCAGGACAACCUUUCCAACCUAACAAGGAUUCCAACUGUGUCUUCUACUCCAGCGGAAGUUCUCACGGUUGGAGGAUUGGGAAUUGCAGUGAAAAACUACCUUUUCUCUGUCAGAAGAAAGGGGAGGUCAGCGAGUCGACGACAAAGGCUGAAUGUCCCUCUGAGGGUGGGUGGAGGAGACAUGGCGGGUCCUGCUAUCAAGUGAACACGAAGCAGGUGUCCUUCAAAGAUCAUUGCAACAUAACAAUAAGGAACAGGUUCGAGCAGGCCUUUAUCAACCGUCUGCUUGGGGAGCAGUUGGGCAGGGAGACUCAGUACGUCUGGAUUGGGCUCCAGGACAUGAAGAACACAGGGGAGUACCAGUGGUUGAGUCAAGGUGGCGCUCUGGAUGCGGUCACAUACACUAACUGGGGCUGGUCUCAACCAGCGCGGGACGGAGGAUGCGUGGUGGUGUCGACAGCAAAACCACUGGGCAAGUGGGAGGUGAAAAACUGUACCAAUUUCAAAGCUGGCACUAUUUGUAAAAGGGACAUCACUCAACCACCACCCCCGGAACCAGAACCAGGCCUCAACAUAUCAUGUCCUAAUGGAUGGGUGUCCAAACCAGACAUAAGAUACUGCUACAAGGUCUUCCACGGGGAGAGGCUGAGCAGGAAGCGGUCAUGGGAGGAAGCUGAAAGAUUUUGCCAGGCUCUCGGUGCCAACCUGCCCAGCUUCACACAGCAGGAGGAGAUGAGAGCCUUACACUCUGUCAUGAGAGACACUAUCAGCGAUAAUCGUUUCUUCUGGGUAGGGCUAAACAGGAGAGACCCAGCAGACCACUCCUGGAAGUGGAGUGAUGGCAGACCUGUCUCAAUGGGUAUUUUGCAUCAGGAAUUCCAUGAGGAUGAUGAAUACAACCGGAACUGUGCUGCAUUUAAGACAAUGAAAAGCAGCCUGAAACAAUUGUUCGUGUUUCAGUUCCACGGCUUCCCUCACAGACCUUUCUAUGCCACACCGUUUCACUGUGAUGCAAGCCUAGAAUGGGUCUGCCAGAUCCCCAGAGGAAAGACACCACUGAACCCCGUGUGGUAUCAGCCGGGUGGUCACCAUGAGACAUCCAUCUUUGUAGAUAACAAGGAGUUUUGGUUUGUGUCGGAGCCCAAGCUAACAUUCGAGGAGGCAAAGCUCUAUUGCAGUGUGAACGGCAGCAAACUGGCCGAACCGCAUAGCUACACGGCUGCCAGACGGCUCCACCAGUUUUUGUCCAAGGUGUCAAGUUCAUCGAAGCAAAGCUGGUGGGCUGACAUAAGGAACCCAGGACGAUUUUUCCCCAUGACGUACAGCCAGAUUAAUUACUAUUACAAAGUAUUCCAGGGGAGGUGCACCUCUUUAAGUCAUGAAAACCUUUUCCCAGAGUACGACUACAGUUGCGAGCAGGAACUGCCAUUUAUAUGCGAGAGGCACAACACAACGUCGGUGGAGAGAAACCCGCUUGAGCCUCAUGCAGGAGGACUGCCCUGUGGAAAGGACUCUUUGGCCUUCAGGGAUAAGUGUUACACGAUGAUUAAACCCAGUCUCUCUCUGGCAUUCAAUGAUGCUGAUGAGAAAUGCCAGACCCUGAGAGGAACUUUGGUCACGAUAUCUGACCAAGUGGAGCAAGAUUUCCUCACCACCCUGUUGCCGGACAUGACAAAAAUGCAAAAUAUAUGGAUCGGUCUGAAACUCGACACAAAUGACCCAAAAUGGGUGGAUCAAAGCCCGGUCUCCUUCCUUAACUUUAACCCCCUACUUCACGGCAUGUUGAGGCCUAUCCGAAUCCAUAAAUUGCUUACAGAAACUGUGGAGUUGUGUGUGUUCAUGAUCAACAAUCCCAGUUCCUCCAUGAUGGGAACCUGGGACUAUAGCGUCUGCACUGACCAGCAGUAUCUGUCCAUUUGCCAGCACUAUGCAGAUAAACCAGAAGAGCCCCGGGUCUCUUCGGAGCCCAUCCACGUCAACAACCACACCUUCCUGCUGCUACAGAGCAACCUUAGCUGGUCCGAGGCUCUAGAGCAGUGUAAGACAAGGGACAUGGACCUGGCGAGCGUGGCAGAUACUUUGUUGCAAUCCGUCCUUACCGUGCACGUGAGCCGCGCACGUACACCCAUGUGGAUUGGUCUCUUUAGCGAAGAUGAUGGGAUCCACUACAACUGGAUAGACCACAGUCACACCAUAUUCAGCCGCUGGUCUUCCGAGGCCACGAGUGGCUCCUGUGUUUACUUGGACACUGAUGGGUUCUGGAAAACCACCGAGUGUGAGGAGAAGCUGGGAGGUGCCAUCUGCCACAAACCACAUGAGGAAACCGUCACCACACCGGAGGAGCAUGUAGUUUCAUGCCCUCACAAGAUAAAUGGAGCAAACUGGAUCCCCUUCAAGAACAACUGUUACUCUUUCCAGCUGGUCUUCUCCAGAUGGGAACAUUUUGAAAAGGGACAGAUUCAAGAGACCUGCAAGAACAUUUAUUCGAGUGCGGAUAUUUUAACUAUCCGGAAUGCAGAGGAGAAUGAGUUUGUCAGAGGACAGCUCCUGCCCUUUAAAGACCUGGUCCAGUUUGUGUGGCUGGGGCUGUUCAAAGAUGACAUUGAUAACCAGAUAAAGUGGUACGAUGGCACCACCGUGCAGUACUCCAACUGGAGAUAUGGAAGACCGGAUAUAGAGGGAAAGUUCAUGGCUGGUCUAGACUCUGAAGGUGUCUGGGAGCUCAUAACAAACCAGCAUUAUUUUGCAGCCUUCAGACAGAGGAGCAUUGUGGUCUGCAAACUUGAAAACGAACCGAAAGAACAGUACCAUCACUCAGUGAAGAAUUUUCAGCACUAUGGCAACUUAACAUACCAGGUUGUGACCAAAAGGCUGAGUUGGUUCCAGGCCCUGGAGGAGUGUGGGCGGCGUGGAGGGCACCUGGCGAGUAUUCAUGACACCCAGCACGAUGCCCAUGUGAAACUCCUCACAAGGACAGACGGCUUUCGGCUGUGGAUCGGCCUAUCCAACCAGGACGCAAAAGGCUCAGCUCAAGAGUGGUCUGAUGGGACCAGAUACGACUACAAAGCCGUCAUUUCUGACUCCCGGGAGGGGUCUGGCUCGGGUGGUCACCAGGCUGGCUGUGUAUUUGUUACCCCUACUGGGGGCUGGGUCAGGGCUGACUGUCACAGCUUGAUGGAUGGAGCCAUCUGUUACAACACCACCAUCACCACAGCUUCCCAGAGGGCCAAACUUCAGGUGGUCCCGGAGGACAAUAGGUGUCCCCAGACCAAUGGUCUGUCUAUGUGGAUACAGCACCAGGACCACUGUUAUGCAUUUGACCUUAGCUUCUACAACUACAGUGUCUACAGCAUGGAAGAGGCCAGGAGCAUCUGUCAGGGUCUGGAUGCUCAUGUGCUGACCAUUAAUACCAAAGAAGAGAAUGACUUCGUAGCAAAAUACAUGUCUGAUAAUCCUCUCAUCACCAGUCGAGUAUGGCUGGGCAUAGACUUUGAUACUCAGGGCAAGCCUGUGGCCUGGGCGGAUGGUUCAGCUCUGGCCUUCUUCAACUGGAAGGCGGGGUAUGAUGGGACAGGGGAGAAGUCCAUCUGCGCUGUCAUGGUGUCAUCAGAUGGAGGCUACUGGAGCCAUGUCGGCUGCAAGAGCGCCCAUAGUCGCGUUGUCUGCAAAGCGGCGUCAAGAUCUAAAGGCUCUCCAGUGGCUCUGGGUCUCUUCCUGGUGGUCCUCAUAGCUCUCCUGGCAGUCAUCGGCUUUGUCAUCUACAAGAAGAAAAGAAACCACUUUUCCUCCACUGUUCGCUAUGAGAGGAACUUUGAUGAAGCCGACACCACCAGUAUUAUAACAGACGCUGAAUGAGACUAUUAAGUUUGCUUCAGGAGCCAAUGAUGUGCCUGCCGUGUGUGCAUUUUAGUACUUUCAGCAACAACAAAUGCAGCCUGCUCGCCUUCUUUUUUUUUUUUUUAAAUGAAUUAUUUAUUUAUCGUGUGUUCCUCAAGCUGGCAGACUUUCUACAAUUAACUAAUGUUGUACGCACACACACACACACACACACACACACACACACACACACACACACACACACACAUAGUUCAGUGAGUCAAGUAAAUUCUUUGGGACAGUACAAGCCUGUUUCAUGCCAUAAGCAAUCAUCUGUUAUAUAUAUAUAUAUAUAUAUGUAUAUGUAUAUAUACAGAUGCAGGAAAAACAGUUUUAAUACAUAGCAGUACAAGCCUGUUUCGUGCGUCGUGCACUCAUAAGCUGCGUCAAACUCAUCUAUAUAUAUAUAUAUAUAUAUAUAUAUAAAGAUAUAUAUAAAGAUAAAUGUAGGAAUAAUAAUCCGCUCAUUUGUUGAACACUUUUAUCAAUACCAUUGACGGUUUCCGGAAGAAAAAAAACUCCACUAUAUAAAACUUAUCCAAUGACCACUCUCGCACCCAAGACUCAUCCGAACACAUGAAACGAAACUGGUCACUGCGUUGGGUGUUUGUGGCGGUUUCAUUUUUAACGCAUCUCUGGGAUUUGGAGAAGCGAGUCGUGUCGGCACCAUCCCACCCACCACACAACUGAACAAGGUUGAACCAGGGUUUUAGUCGACGUGUUACCAUUUGUUGAUAGAGGUCCUCCUCCACAAGCUUGGCCUGCUGCAGCAACUUUGCUUCUUCCAACUCACCAGUGCCUGCCUGCCUGCCUCUCUCGCGGCAACUAGGGUGGAGCGUUGUGUACUUUUGACUAGGGAAGGUCUUACCAGAGAGCCAAGGAACGAUUUGGAUAGUUUUCUAUUAACGAUUAUCCAAAGGAGUUGAG